UCAACAAACAACAACAACAGUUUUUCCUUUCUUUGGCAACCACGUCCCCUAAAGCCUUAACACUGGCGAAUAAAGCCGAGGACACUCAGAAACUAACUUUUUCAUCACCCUCAAAGCCGUUUUUAUUUUUUAUUUUAUUUUUAUUUUAUUUGCGUUAAAUUUCCCUCCUCGGAGGUUUCAGGCUGUCCCGGGACGCUGGUGCUCCUGCUGUAGCCCGGACGCGGCUAACCCAGACCGAGGCUAAAAUCCAGGAAACUUCUUCACACGGGCAAGGCGAUAUUUUUCUUUACAACGUCCUCCUGCUGCGUAGUCGGCGUUGGGGGAGAAGCCUCCGCGUCAGGAGGAGGUUUCUGCAGUCGCUGGGGCGGUGGAGGUAUGACUGCGUUGGCGGGGUCAAUACCCAGGAUGAUGCGACCCACGCUGGCUCAGAACUACCCCCGCAGUGGCUUCCCACUGGAAGUGUCCACCCCGCUGGGUCAAGGCCGAGUCAACCAGCUCGGAGGGGUUUUCAUAAACGGCAGACCUUUGCCCAACCACAUCCGGCACAAGAUCGUGGAGAUGGCCCACCACGGAAUCAGACCGUGCGUCAUCUCCAGACAGCUCCGGGUCUCCCACGGCUGCGUGUCCAAAAUCCUGUGCCGGUACCAGGAGACGGGCUCCAUCAGACCCGGGGCCAUCGGAGGCAGCAAGCCCAAGCAGGGAACCACGCCGGACGUAGAGAGGAGAAUAGAAGAGUACAAGCGGGAAAACCCGGGUAUGUUUAGCUGGGAGAUUCGGGAUAAAUUACUGAAGGAUGGGAUAUGUGACCGCAACAACGUUCCUUCAGUGAGCUCCAUCAGUCGCAUCAUGCGGAGUAAGUUCGGGGGCAAAGGCGACGAAGAGGAGGACGAAGAUGAGAUCGAGAAGAAGGAGCUGGAGGACAGUGACCGCAGGGCCAAACACAGCAUCGAGGGCAUCCUGGGAGACAGAUCGAGUCACUCAGACGAGGGUUCGGACGUGGAGUCGGAGCCCGACCUGCCCCUGAAGAGGAAGCAGCGUCGCAGUCGGACCACCUUCACCGCCGAGCAGCUGGAGGAGCUGGAGAGGGCCUUCGAGAGGACGCACUACCCCGACAUCUACACCCGGGAGGAGCUCGCUCAGAGGGCCAAACUCACCGAGGCCAGGGUGCAGGUGUGGUUCAGCAACAGGCGAGCGAGGUGGAGGAAGCAAGCUGGAGCCAAUCAACUCAUGGCAUUUAAUCAUCUGAUCCCAGGGGGUUUCCCACCAUCAGCCAUGUCCAGCAUCCCACCCUACCAGCUCUCCGACAGCAGCUACCCUCCCUCAUCUAUAGCGCAAGUGGUGUCCGAGCCUCCCAGCACGGUGCAUCGCCCCCAGCCUCUGCCUCCCUCCUCGGGCCACCAGUCCUCCGGCGGAGGAGGCCAGGGCGAAGGGGGCUCUGCCUACUGCCUCGCCUCCGGACGCCACUCCUUCUCAGGCUACUCAGACAGCUUUGUGAGCCCCGGAGGACCAGCCAACCCCAUGAAUCCCGCCAUAGGAAACGGACUCUCCUCGCAGGUGAUGGGUCUGCUGAACCCAGGUGGUGUGCCACAUCAGCCCCAAAGCGACUACGCCAUCUCCCCUCUAACAGGCGGCCUGGAGCCCCCCGCCGGCAUGGCCGCCAGCUGCAGCCAGCGCAUGGAUCACAUCAAGGGCCUGGAGGGUCUGACCAGCGUUCCCUCCAUGUCGGCGCUGCCCUCGCUGCCUAGCUCCCAGUCCUACUGCCCUCCGUCCUACAGCUCACCGGGCUACACCGUCGACCACGUGGCGUCCUACCAGUACGGCCAGUACGGACAAAGUAAGGUGCCCUUCCUUAUCUGAGGCCUGAAAUCACCUGAUCUGCGGCUUCACACUUCAUAGAGGGACGUUUGUGUGUGCGGCGGUGGAAAGUUCUUAAAAUUCUGGACCAAAAUGUUCUACUAUUUACCGGGAUACAUCCUCCACUGCGGGAGAAAUGGACAAAAAAAAAAAAAAGAAAACGAAAAAAGAGAAGGGACCAAAAGAAGGAAUAUGAGAGCGAAAGCUGUCGACUUACUGUAACCGUUGCUGCGUCAGUAAAGCAGGCGGACGGGGGAGAUUUCAGCGCUUAGCGCGGUCGGUUCGGGGGAGCUGUGACCGUCCGCUGUGCCACGGAGAGGCACUUUCCAGAAGCGACUCAACACCAUCUCUGUCUGUGGCGUUUUUUUGGACAGCGAACCCAAAUCUAUCAUCGCAGACUACCUUUAGGCCAACGGUUGAAGGAUCAUGUUUACAUAUCUUAGCGCCACAUGAGCGCAUAUAAAAUUCCAUGUAUCUCCAAAUGAAUCCCCAAAUUGUAGGGGAUAAAGAAAAGGGCUUUGUUGAUUUUAUUGCAUUUAUUUGAGGUCUCUGCAUCCCACACAUUCCAGUGAGAAGGAAAACAAACGUGAGCUAACGAUUCUGUGGGUUUUUAUUGUAUCAGAAACCCUAAUGUACACCACAGCUGUACGACAGAGAAAGUCCAUUCAAACAUUCCUCCUCCUCGUCCUCCCCCUCCCCCUCCCUCUCUUCCCCUCUCUGCUCUCCUGCCUUUCUGUCCUCCUGUCUCAUUGAUGUUGCAGACGGUGAGGCAAAGAUCCCGGCCUUUUGUAGUUUUAGAGAAGAACUCCAAAGAGGUCAAGGGGCGACUUUAGGGAAAGUGACAGAUGAGAGCACGGCAGAGGAAGGCGGCAGAGAAGUGGCUUUAAAAGGAGGGUGGGGGGACAGGCAAGAUCGAUCACAGGGUUAAAGAACCCUUUAAAGACUCUCUCCCGGUGAGAGAAAGGCACCGGGUCACAAGUCACGACCAAGAGACACUUGAGAAACCGAGAGAGAGCGACAGAGUUUAGACUAAAGCCAGCCAGCUGACCAGAAGUGCAAUAUCAUGUGUCCUAGAGUCAACUUCACCGUUAAAACUGUUAAAAAGUCAAAUGUGCCUCUUGAAGUCUCACUAAACACUUUGGAUUCACACUCUGGAUUCUAGUGUUGGGACUUUGUAAAGGAACAACAUGUGUGCCUUCAGCGGCUACUGGGUCCAAAACAAAUAGAAAUCACUGUUAUAUUUUGCUGUAACAGCACAAUGAGGGGACCACAUGGAAGGACUUGAGUCAGCAUGGUGUCACAAGAGAAAGACUGAAUCAUGGGAAUGCCAGUGUAAAGAGAAAAUGAAGGAAUGACGAAGCCAAAAUUGUAAUUUUUAAUUUUUUUUUUGUUUGUUUGUUUUGGACCUUUUUCUUUUACUUCCAUUUUGCAAAAGCAGGAAUUACUGAUAAGGUUUCUGAUGCAUUCCGGACAUAUUUAUUUGUGUCAACAUUGAGAACUUUUCCACACUUGUGCAAGUGAGUGAUAAAAACAACAACAACAAAAAAAAAUGAUGUAUCCAAAUGUUGUUUGGUCCAUCUGUCUAUACUAGAAUGAACCAGCCCUUUCAUUCCUCUGAUAUAUUUUUUGUAUUACUUGACAAAGCGAUAUGACAUAAUGUCAUGUGUACAAGCGCAUUAUCAUUACUAUUUAUAAUAAAAUAAAACUUCUGAAAAUA